ACACGCAUACAGGAACAACAUGGCGGCCGCUGCUAAUGUACUAGCGCCUCACGUCUACUAGCCGCGGCUCAGGGCGAUGCUUUAAACCCGGGCAGCCGAAAUGAACCUCUGCGCCCAGUACUUACGACAGGCAGAGGCCCUGAAGGCUGACAUGGCAGACUCAAAGCUGGGCGUAGCAGAGGUGUGGACAUCACGGCAGGCCCUACAGGAUGUCUAUCAGAAGAUGCUGGUGACAGAUCUGGAGUACGCUCUGGACAAGAAGGUGGAGCAGGAUCUGUGGAACCAUGCCUUCAAGAACCAGAUCACCACGCUACAGAGCCAGGCCAAGAACCGUGCCAACCCCAACCGCAGCGAGGUGCAGGCCAACCUGUCGUUGUUCUUGGAGGCAGCCAGUGGCUUCUACACCCAGAUGCUACAGGAGCUGUGCACAGUGUUCCAUGUGGAUCUGCCAUGUCGCGUACGGUCCUCACAGUUGGGCAUCUUCAGCACCUCCCCCCACAGCAGCAGCGCCAUCGUAACCCCACAGACCAGCUCCUGCUUCUACAUCUGCCAGCACUGCCUCGUCCACCUGGGAGACAUCGCUCGAUACCGGAACCAGACGAGUCAAGCAGAAUCGUACUACAGACACGCUGCUCAGCUGGUGCCUUCCAAUGGUCAGCCCUACAACCAGCUCGCUAUUCUAGCCUCAUCCAAAGGAGACCACCUCACCACCAUCUUCUACUACUGUCGCAGCAUUGCAGUCAAGUUUCCUUUCCCUGCGGCCUCCACCAACCUUCAGAAAGCCCUGUCCAAGGCCCUGGAGAGUCGAGAAGAGGUGAAAACCAAAUGGAGCCUGUCAGAUUUCAUUAAAGCCUUCAUCAAGUUCCAUGGCCAUGUCUAUCUGAGUAAAAGUGUGGACAAGCUUGACGCACUAAGGGGCCGGUUGGAGGAGCAGUUUCAGAGGCUGAUGCUGCAGAAGGCCUUCACCUCCCAGCAGCUUGUUCACUUGACUGUGAUCAACCUGUUUGAGCUGCACCACCUCCAGGAGCACCUCCAGGAGCUGAGCAACACAGAGCAGAGCCCGGGCUCAGAGCACCAUACCUGCUGGACUCAACUGCUCAGCCUCUUCAUGUCCUUCUUGGGAGUGAUGUGCAGCAGAGCCAUCCUGAAUCAAUCUGAGAGUGAGGAGCAGAUGGGACAGUGCCCCUUGCCCGCCAUAAAAGUGUCCCUGGACUGGCUCCGUCUGCGGCCUGGCCUCUUCCACCAGGCAGCGGUGCACCAGAGACAACAUGUUUGGCCCUGGCUUGUGUCCUUGCUCAAUGGUUUUCAACCCAAAGAAGAGGAUGUGUCUGGUUCCUCAGUUGUGCCGUUGCCUGAGGAGUUUGAGCUGCAGGGCUUCCUGGCUCUGAGACCAUCUCUGCGUAUCCUAGACUUCACUAAAGGCCACCAGGGCGCGCUGCACACCAGACACCAGCGCCUGGUCUGCCUGGGCAAAUGGAUUGCAGACACACAGCCUUUGCUCAUGCAGUGCCGUGUGUCUGAAGACGGCCUCCUCACCUUCCUCACAGACCUCCCCGAGCUGCCCAUAGACGAGCCCCAAGAGAAGGAGGUGCUCCAGGAGUCCUCUAACAGCGAGCCCAGUCAGACUGAAUCUGGCAGCUCCAAGUCCUCCACGUCCCAGGGCAAGAACUUCAAAGAGAACCUGAAGCCCCGCGAGCCCAGCCGAGAUACCCCCCGCAGCUUGCCCAAGGAGCCCACCAAGGAGUCCGCCAAGGAGCCCAUGAAGAAGGGGAGUGUUGCGGCCGUCAAGACCGAUGCCAAAUGGGACAGCAAGAAGAAGAAUGAGAUGAAGAAGAGCACACAUGAGAAGACGUCAGACUCCAAACAAAUGAAAGUGCAGACAGAGAUGAGGAAGACUCCUGAAGUGUCUGAAGUGAAGAAGAGCCCGGUGACCCCCACACAGCCCACCGGCUCCACAUCACAGUUUGUGCACAUCCACCACCAGGGAGCCUUCCCUCCACUGACUAGCUGCCCGGGCUUCCCUCCUUCGGCUUACGUGCUCACGCCUCCUGUCCCAUUCCACGGCCUGCAGGGCUUCACCUUCUCCCCCGGGCCGGUGUCUGUGUCUGGACACUUCCUGUCACAGGCCCCCCCUCAGCCUAACAAGUCGUCCCACCCUCCAUACACCCAGCAGCGCUCUCCCCCUCAGGGCUCUCCGGCCUCAGCGGGACAGAGCCAACCCCCCGGACCCACAUCCAUGGGCCAGCAACAGGCUCUGCAGCAGCCCCCUCCGCAGCAGGUCACACUGGGCAAGAGUCCUCCCCACCUGGGCUUACAGCAGUACCUCCAGGAGCAGUCGUCUCCUCUGUGGAGCCAGGGUUCAGGCCCCAAACUGCCCCAGAUGCCUCCGCCUCUGAAGCCCCAGCAGCCGCAGCAGUCCCUUUUCAUGUCCUCAGAAUCCAGCCUGAAACAGUUCGACCCUCAGCCCUCCAUGCCUGACCUAGACAAGAAGUUCUCCCCCAGUGUGAACCUGCACGAGGAGCAGAUGUGGAAGUACUCCAACCAGGCUGUGCUGGAGCGCCUCAGGAGAGAGAGUCAGUCUGAUGGACCAAGAGCACUGCCCUUCCAGGACCCUAAGUCAUCUCCUCUGCUUCCCCCGGACUUGCUUAAGACCCUCGCAGAGUUUGGGGAGGAUGAGGGCUUGGUUUUUCCCAAAGCACCGUCGCUUUUCCACACCUUGGCAUCUCCUCUCAGCUCUGCUCCUGGAUCAAACCUUUUCUACACUAAUAAAAGGAUGGAGCCAGGAGUGGAGAGCAUGAACCAGCCGUCCUCUCUGCUGCAGGGCUUCCCCAUGCAGCUAAACCAAAACAGCAUGUUCAGCCAGACCUGUGGGAAAAACCUACCUCCCAGCUCCAAACCCGAACCUCAGCUGAUGCCCCAAGAACCUUCCCUUUACUCACUGUUUGAAACGUCCUGGUCACCGUCUCUGCCUGCCAGCUCUGACCACUCCACUCCGGCCAGCCAGUCCCCACACUCAUCCAACCCCAGCAGCCUGCCCUCCUCUCCCCCCACCCACAACCACAACACACAGUCCAACUAUGGGCCCAUUGGCACCUUCGACAGCAGAGAGCGCCGCCUGGUGGAUCGCUGGAAGAUGGACAAAAAAGGUCCCGGGAGUGGUUUUGGACUGGACUACUUGCCCCCUGCCCCUUCCUCUGAGUCCAGCUGGCCUCAGAGCAGCUGGAGUCAGGAGUGUCCCAUGGAGGAGUCAACAGUGCUGCCCGACAGCCUCAAGUCAUUUUGGUCUAGCUCCAUGAUGCAGCCCGGGCUCUCCCCUCUGGAGCAGCUCCUCCUCCAGCAGCAGAAGCAGAAACAGCAGCACGCCCAUGGCACCAUGAACCCUCCGCACUGAGCGCCCACACCCACAGCCAGGGUACCAGGCUUAUCUCACCGUCAUGCCCACACGACGAGCGCUCGCAGGGCAUCUAACCACCAGGCUGGCUUCAGAACAGAACCAGCUCAAGGCCAAUUAAAGGGAGGAGACAGUCCCGAGAACGGUCCCAGGAGGAGUGGCCCGUCCUGGGUUGACAGGCGGUUGCACACACGGAAGAGUGGAGGAUUUUAAAACACGCUGGAAGGAAUUUUUUGCAAGUUACCUUCAAAAUUGCGAACUUUGAACUUGGAAGUCAUUUUGGGCUAAUAUUCCAAAAUGGAGCAACAUAAAGAGGGUUAUGGGUAUAAUACCACAUUAAGAUUGUAUCAUACUUUUAGCCGAGUUUUUCUCUUCUUGUAUCAAUCUAUUCAGUUCUCACGGCUUUGAGAAUAGACUCGAGCAGUAAAGCAGAAAAAAAACGAAAGGCUUCCUCCAUUACAGCAGAUCAUGAGGUAGGUGCUGAUGGAGGAGAAAAUGGACCCACAGAAGACUAAGGAGGCUAGGCUCAACCACAUCUCCUGCCAUUACGAAGAAUGGAAAGAAUCGUAUCGUACCGAGGUGGGCUCACACUGCGCUCCACGAUAGCAGACACUUUUAUGGAAAAAUUUAAUGGUACAAUUUUAUUCAGAAUAAUUUAGGACUCCUCGCAAUUUCAUAGGUUUUGGGGACAGUGGAAUUCUACUAGUCACUUUUGUAAAAUAGUUUGUGGGGG